ACCUCCAGUCCUCUGGGGUGUCCAUGACUGACUGUCCCCACAACGGCAGGAAAGACGUUGUGGAUAAGAUGAUUCUCGGUGUGUAUUCUAUGAUUAAUGUCUGUACCAUGCACUAUAUGCAUCAUAAACUUUCGUUUGCUACUAGUGGAUAUGCUUGCAUUUGCCAACGACCAUCCUCCGCCUGCCACCAUUAUCCUGAUAGCCGGUGACCGAGAUUAUGCCUAUGCCGUAUCAACCCUCCGCCUUCGACAGUAUAAUGUCGUUCUCAUCGUACCUCCGGCGCCAAAUAUUCCACAGAGCUUGGAGUCUCAGGCUUCUGUCGUAGUGGACUGGAAUUAUGCUAUUCUUGGAAAGGACGCAGAAGCCGGCACCUCACCGAUACGGCAACCUUAUCGUAAUCUUGAUGAGGAUAUCGUCGAGCGGCUGUCGCGGCAAAUCAGAGAUUUGAAUGAAGAUCCUGUUAUCACCCUCAUUUCUUCCUCCGUCCCCACACCGCCUACCAAUAUACAACAUGAUAUUGCAGUAAAGCAACAGCAGCCAUCAAUGAUGGAAAGGAAUGCGGACUUAGGUCAUGCUGCUCAGCCUGCAUCCUCGUGCACACCAAAGAAGGCUGGCAGCACAAUCCCUACGACGCCUGUACUUUUUAAAUUCGGGUCCGUAGCGUCGCGGGCUAGAUCUGCGACAAAGUCGACGCAGACUCUCCCAGACCUUGACCGGGGCUUAGAUCACUCUCUCAAAACGAGUGAUGCACUUUCAGAACUUUCAGACAACAGUCCUACAGACGAUUUCACCAGCAUAGCUGAUGAAAAUCAGGAUGCGAGUCACGAUCCCUUCGCCAUAGCCCCCAACGCGAGCUCAGGACCAGAACACAACCAUAGCAUUGUAGAGCCUGACUUAACCCCUACCACGGGCUUGAGGAACGCUCCACUAUCUCCAUUUCCUGCCAUCCCGUAUAAUUUAGAUCCGCAGAGCGCUGCUCUUGGCUCUCCCUCUCAGACCCGUAUCAUCUCGGGAGGCACCCCCGUCUCGUACGGAAAAACACCCCAGAACUCUGUGCAUUCUGUAGUGCCCUUGUCACAAUCAGCGAACGUUGAUCCUACCUCGGCCAUGUUGGAUAAUCACAUCGUUAUGUCGGACAAAGCGGCAAUCAAGGAUGCGCUUGGAUACAGUAACAGAGAUGGAGGUUACAACAACAGUACCGACGAGCUUGCGGAAGUCUCAAUCAUCAGCCUACUUUUAAAUAAGGCCAAUGAUCCCUCGCACGCACAGGUUGCGAACUCCACCGAAUCGCACCACACUAUGGGUAAUGCUUACAAUGUGAACUCUACUCUUGCCAAUGAUUCUCCCCCCACCCACGAACCUCCCGCAAUUCCUAUAUCUCCGACGUCAUCGUCGGCACCGUCGCCAUCGACACCAUCGACACCAUCUUCAUUGAGAUCAUCUGCAUCUUCGAUCGCCUCCGAUUCCAACGUUAAGAUGGGAUCACAACAAGCAACGUCUGUUGUCACUAAUAACAAAGACAAAUCCUCAGGGUGUCAAGCACCUGCUAUCGACUUCGAGUCUGUCGAGGAUAAAAUUCGACACCUUACACCCCCGGUAUUCCUUCCGCUGAUCAAUCAACUUCUGCUGGCGAGGUCGAAAGGAAUCCCGAAUCCAUCAAGGUCCGACAUUGCUAAUGACUUAGUUCGGGUUGACAAGGAUGUAUACAAACGCGCGCGCGCAACGAAAUUCGCGGACUAUGCUUUGCUAGCAAAAGAAGCUUCUUUAAUCGAGUUUGGUGGGGGGACCACUCGAAGCAACUCAUGGGUAACGCUGCACUCAAGGUUCAGGCAGGAACUUGAUGCACCAAAGUCAUCGGCUCCUUCAAGUAGUAACAACCCCCUUACACCACAGAAUAAUACUUCUUGUGGCCCAACUUCAUCCACAUCCACAGCUCCGACACUGCCGUCAUCCACAGCCCCGCAGGAGACCACCAAAUUGGCUGCACUGAACCCUAGCCCUCCACCAGUUGUAUCAAUCCCGCCUUGCUUCCAGCCACUCAUCAACUGCCUGUCUAAGAUCCACAAGAAUGGGCUGGUGAAGCCCUUUCCUUCAACAGUGGGCCUAGUGAUUGGACCCGAGAUAUAUUCUAAAGCUGGGGCGUCCAGUCUGGCAGAAUAUUUUGAUCAAGCAGUAGAAGCUGGUGUUGUGCAAUGUGGAGGAAAUAGUGGGCAUGCGUGGGUGAGCCUCCAUCCUGAUGUGCUAAGUGGUAAGCGCUCUUGUUAGUUUGGUCUGUGCUGUCUCCUGGCAUUACAGAGCUUUAUCUUCAUCUUGUCAUUAUCUGCUGUAUGAAUAUAUGUAUUAUAAAUCAAGCGUUUCCGAGAAGAGAGCUGUAUUCCAGGGAAGUCGACACACAGGUGACAUCCUCGUCCUCUUCUAAAGCUUCGACGAGAUUUGAGACACUUUCUUUUUCAUCGUCUGUGCUUCCUUGUUCUUCCAGUGGGGCCCAUCUAACCUCCCUGACAAGUAUUUCAGCAUUGGCAUUCUGCUGGAUGUACUGACGAAGUCCGUCUUCCAACUUG